AUGAAGAUGGAGAUGGAGAUGGAGAUGAAGAUAAAGAUAGAGAUAGAGCUAGAGAUAGAAAUAGGCUAUGUGUACGGCAAGCAGGGGCAGAACAGAGCCCCCGCUUGGAUCCGCUACCGCGGCCGCGUCGAGGCGGCCGACGUCGAAAACGAGCGCACCGGGCCUGGCAGCUUGGACCGCUGGGGACGGCUCGUCACCUUUCACAACACGCGCCGCAGCCAGGGAGUGCAGGACAUGGGUGCCGGCGCCACACAGGACGACAUCUGGAGUGAGAAGUGUGCGGUGCUGGACACCACCGUGAGAAACCACGACAACUGGGUUCGCAAGGAGUGCGACGAGGCGCAUCAGGCCGUCUGCGAGCACACUGCGUGCUACUCGGAGCGCGGCCGCCAGUGCACGUUCCCCUUCACGAACCCCGACGACGGCAUCGAGUACCACAACUGCUCGUCGCUGAACCCGGCCGACAUCUUCGAGCCCUGGUGCGCCACAGAGGUCAACGGCACGGGCCACGCCACGCGCCUGGAGCGCUGCCUGCCCUACUGCUACUUCGAAAGACCCAUCGUCACCUGCUACGACACGCCGCCGCGGCCGCCGCUGCAGGACGAAAUGCCGGCCGACCGGUGGCGCGUCAACUGGACCUCCAGCUGGGACGGCGUCACAGACCUGCAACAGCAUCAAUCCAUCAUCUACACCUGCCCCGAGGGAUACCACUUUGACUUCAACAACACGCCGGAAGUGCAGGUCACGUGCGGCAACUGGACCUGGGAGGAGGCACCGCAGCUCAACUCCACCUGCCAGCCGGUCCGGUGCCCGGAGGAGCUGCCCAGGGUGGCGUCCGACUCGGCCUACAACGCCUCUAUCCUGGCCUGGAACGAGGAGCACGAGUACCUCACCGAGAUCACCUUCGAAGUGUCCCACAGGCACGUCACACGUCACGUGUUCGAGGGUGAGCCGCGCCAGACGGAGGAUGACUGGCAGACAAACCCGUCCAACUGGAGUCAGCUGCUGACGGUGCGGUGCGAGGCGUCGCAGAGCUGGUCGCGGCCCCAGCUGCCCGCCUGCCAGCCCUUCGACUGCGCUGGCCCGCCGCCGGCGCCGCUUCUCGCAGUCUCCUCCGACUGGGACAACGACACGCUCACCUACAGCUCCUCCGUGCGCUACUGGUGCACGGCGGGUGUGGGCUGGGGCUUCCCCAGCGACGGUUUUGCCACAGAGCGCAGCGUCACCUGCCAGGCUGGACGGCAACUGGUCGCUGACCAGCGUCGAGGACUGCAUCGGUGA